GCUAGCUAGCAGUUUACUGAUGGGCGAAUGUGGGGAAGGAGAGAAAAUCGGUCCACCAGUGUCUUGCAGACGUGAGCAAGUGUGAUCACUCCGGCUUCCCAACCAGUCCGGCACCUCUCAGUCUCAGCCUCUCUACUCUAGUACUAGACUCUAGCCCGGCACACUCUCCUGUGUCAGUGUGUGGUCUGACAGGCAGUAGAGUAACCAGCAUAGGCGACGCACACUUCAGCAGAUCGCUGCCGGAACUUGGCGGAGGACGUCGACGGGAAGUACAGACUCCGGCAACUAACUACUUGAGCCUUCUGGACAGUAGGACGUCCCCGUCCACCAUCCGUGCUCAUGGCGACCGUGAACAGAGGAUUAUCGCUGGUAUUGCUUCAGCUCUUCCUCUUGCUGAAAGAUUCUGCCGCCUCCCCCAGAACACUAUGUACAGGUGUCAGUCAGGGAUGCCACGCCAACGGAGUUGCUACGUAUGUGGUCACGUUCCACGGAGAAUGGAGAAGGCCACUGCCUCACCCGGCGAAUGCAAUGUUUUCGCCACUUGUCGGUGCCUCUCACAGUGCGUGUGCAUCGUUUUGGCGACCCGGUGGGCUUGCAACACGAGGGGUUGAACAGGUGGCUGAGACGGGAAUGACAAAUCAGAUACACAGCGAGUUUGUGGCAUACAACAACCAAGUACUUGACGUUGUGCAGGCAGAGCCACUGUUUGAGAUCAGCACUGGGUCGGUGUCAACAAAUAUCACUGUUGAUCGCUAUCAUCCACUAGUGACCCUCUUGUCCAUGGUCGCACCUUCACCAGACUGGUUUGUCGGGAUUUACGACCAGACACUCUGCUCUGCUGAAGAUACAUGGCUACCUAGCCUCUCCAUUAACCUGCCAGUGUGGGAUGCUGGAACGGACAAUGGCUUACACUUCACAGCUGCUGACGAAGAGCCACAGAGCCAUGAUACCAUUGCCUUGCUAACUCCAGACAGCAGCAGGUCAUCGGUGGUCCCGGACGCCACUGGCUCAGCAGGUCGAGUUGCACGGCUUGAACUGCGCCUGGUAAAUGUGGACAACUACAAGCCAGUCCUGAGCACCAGCUGUCAGACAUGUGGUCGAUCUGGGGCUGGAAAUGGCAUCCAAUUGUGCCAAUGUGAUGAAGCAUGCCAUACCGGCGGAGAAGCUACCUAUUUUGUCCGAGUGUCGACACAUUGGACAUCUCCACCUCCGCCACCAAACGGACACUUCUCUCCGCUGACGGUUGUGUCACAUUCAGCCUGCUCAAUUCUCUGGAGGAACCGGCACCAUGCAACUGAAGGCCUGCAGCGAGUUGCAGAAACAGGCAAUAGAAGCCUCUUUCUGCAAGAGGCGCGUUCCUUCAAAGGUCACAUUGGCGAUGUCCUUGAAGGAAUGAGCAUGCCAGCGGAAGGACUAGUGACUGGCGUGAUUCGUGUGGAUCGUCUUCACCCAGUGGUAUCACUAGCCAGCAUGAUGGCUCCAUCGCCGGACUGGUUCGUUGGACUUGACAGCAUCCCGAUGUGCUCAGGAAAUGGCUUUCACGAAUUUCUGCAGUAUCGACUGUUUCCAUGGGAUGCUGGCACUGAUGCCGGCCUCACGUUCACAUCACCAAACAAUGCCAAUAACCCUCAUGAGCCACUGGUCAGAAUCCGCAGUGCAAAUGAACCAACAGGCUCCGUGUUCCGCAAUCAGGAGGUUGUGCCGGUUGCAACCGUAACUUUCCAACGUAUUGCCUUGGACGCAUCACCAGUCGAUAGCAAUCCUAACCAAACACUGUGCCCAGUGUGCAAGGAUGAUGAGGUCUGCACUCCGUCCUAUGAUGUUGGCGUUACGAACGGCAUGAACAAUACGCUGCAACAGGCAAUACCAGUCACAGAGAACGCAUGUGCCACUGAGACAUCUGGUGGUGAUUUCAGCAGAUCUGAACUUAUCGCCUACUGCAUCAUCUGUGGCUUAGUUGGUAUUGCCCUGGGAACUCUGUUUGUUGCGUUGCUAUCAUUCUUUGUUUCCCGCAAGUCACGACGGGCAGCAAUCUCCCAAAGCUCCACGUCAUCAUCACAGCCACUUGAGGGAAAGAACGACUACCGGUCGAUUUUGUUUUGAGUCCCAACGCAGCUUCCCACGGUACACUGAAUACUAGUAGUAGAUGAGAACCAGCCAGUACUCCCCGCAAGUUCCCAGUGUAUGCCGAAACCUUUCCCCACGUCACCCAUGCCAGUGUUCUCAUGAUAAGCAUGACUGAAGUACAUGUAUGUGAUCAUCCCAGUGCUGUGACAUGAUGAGAACCCUGCUACAUGUAGCAUCUAGUCUAAAGUAAUCGUGAGUUGGUCAAGGAAUAUAGAUUUCUUUCUUUUACUUUAGUUUUAGUGCUGCUCGCAGCGGUACAUCUUCUGAAUGUCAUGUUAAAAGAAGUCGUCUUUUUCUACUGUAAAUGUACUAGUUAACAAGACAGUGUUGAUGCCUUGA